AUGGAUGAAUUUCUUUCAACUAAACAAUUGAUGAACUUAAUAUUUGUAUCAUACUACUUAUUAUCACUAUUCUCAUUGUUAGUGUAUGGGCAUAUGUGUUUGGGUGUUUAUUUAGAUUUGAAACUUACUGAAUUGAUCUUUAGUAUUAUGAUGCUUCAAAGUUCAUUUACAAGAAAAAAUUUAAGUCAAUUCAAUAUAUUAACAAAAGAAUACAUACCCACUAAAAACAAAGAAGGAAAAACAACAGAAUCAACGAUGCACUGA